AUGGCAUUGCAGAACUACAACCUCAGCUGGUCGGACCAGCUCAUUGAGCGGGUGGAGACGCACCUCCGCGACGUCCACGGCGCGCUCCUGCAGUACUACGAGAGCCGUGGCUACCCCACGGAGGUUGAAAGCCGCCACGUGGUGACUGCCGAGGCAGCAGCAGCAGCAGCAGCGGCGGGGACUAGAGACGAAGGAGAGCGCGCCACUGUUGCAGCUACUGCGGCCGCUGUCCCGUUGGAUGUCGUCAGCCCUGCCGGUAGCUUCUUGCUCCGCACCUGCGUGUACGACACGCCGUUUCCGGAUCUGCACGCGCGGCGCGGCGUCGGCGCUGACUUGGUACUCUCCAUCCCUGCCGAUCGCUGCACCACUGCGGAUUUGAAAAGCGGCCUCUAUCUCGAGCGCCGUCAGUCUUUUCUUGAUGAGAUCCAGGCCCACUUGCAACAGCUCGUGAGCGGUGCCGCUGCCGACGAGGACAGCGACGAGGACGAUGAGGAGGGUCGCAGCGCGUCUUCCCCCAGUCGCCAGCGCAGCAAGAAGGCAACCCAAGAGGCAAAAAAGAGGCUGCUGAACGUGGCCGCCGCCGCGCGGCUCAGUCGCAUGGAGGUGGGCGUGGUGCCGAUUCACGGGUGCUACGCACUGGCAGAAAAGCAAAUUCUGCAGCUGCGCUUCCGCCGGCGUCGGGCCGCCGCAGACACCCACGAGACCUUCUUCGUGAACCUGCACUUCCGCCCCUCCGUCUUCCCUGGACACACCGUGAACGCGGCGGGAAUUCGCAAGCAUCCCUACUAUAGCUACUGCAUCCUGGAAGACUACCUCAUGCCGCAUUAUCUGAAGAAGCUGCACGAGGUGUGCAUCGCCAGCGCCGGUGUCCGCCGCGCAAUCGUCGUGCUCAAGUGCUGGGCUCAUCACACCGGUCUCAUGUCCGCCGCUUCGGGGCAUCCGGAGGCACUGAACGGGUUCGUCGUUGCUGCCAUGGUGUUACGUCUGCUCGAGGAGGGCAUCGUGACGGCGGGGAUGUCUCUGGGCAACAUUGUGCGCGCUGUGUGGGUGCAGCUCUCGCGUGGUUUCUUCCUUGGCACACCAGAGAAGGCCGGCGGCAGGGGUGCCCGCCCUGCCAAAGUGUCGGCGGCGGAGGAAAGGGGCGAGGUGAGCGUGCUGCGCUUCACCGGCGAGCUGCACAACAUCCUCUUCCGCACCCCCGCUGACUUCUUCAAGCACGUGGUGUGCUCUGCCGCGGAGGAGGCGCUGCAGCACCCGUUCGCCGUCGACGUAGUCGACCGCUUCGCCUUUCAGCCUCUGCCGCUGCGCUACGACGUGGCCCUCACCGUCCAGCUGAACCAAGCUGCCACGUCUUCUGUGGCGGCGAUGGAUCGCACUCCAGCUGUCCUCAAGAAGAGCACUCUCUGGCGCGCCCCACGCGCCGAGGCGAUGCAGGACACGCUGCGAGUGCUGAAGGAAGCACUCGGUGUGCGGUGCAGCUACAUCACCGCCUGGCUAACCGAUGCAGACCGUCUGCAGGUUGUGGUGCAGCUGACCAGUGAGGCCGAGGGCCGCAACCGCCUCACCCGCGGUCCACCCAUCGAAGACACCAGCGCUGUCGAGCGCUUCAACGCCUUCUGGGGUGCCGGCGUCACCUCGACGCGCCAAUUCAGUGAUGGCGCCAUCUACCGCUGCGUGCUGUGGACAUUUCCGGAGGACGCGGGCACGCACACGACCGUGGCCCUGUCCGCCUCGACGGUGCUGCGCCGCGUCGUCGAGUUUGCGCUGCGCGUGCACGUCGCACCUGAGGCGACAGUGACGGUGUUGCUUGGCGGCCUGGAUGGAUACCUGGCGGAGCGGGUCGGCGGCGAGUGGCGUGACGCGGCCCCGCUGAUGCAGCACAGCCUCCUCGAAGCAACCAAGGCGGUGCAGUACAUGCUGCAGAACCUGCCCCAUGGCAGCGUGCCCUGUCGCAUCGUCUCCCUUGACGUCAUCGCCGCCAGCGAGCGCCACGCCGAGGUGUUCCCGGUUCGCCCGCAUUUGGCUCUCACGUACACGACGGAUGACCUUACGGACGCGAGCUUCGCAGGACUGAGCACCGCGCCAACGAUCGAGCCAAUCCACUGCGUGCUGAGCAUCGACGACAGCCACAAGAUUCCCGACACCAUGGAGGCGAUAGCAAUGAUGAAGGGCGCCAUUGCUGCCCAGCUGGCCAAGACGCUGCAGGCGCACUACGGAGAGAAGAGCAACACCGGCACCCAGUCGCAGAAAGCUCGCAGGAAGGCGGCGGAGGGUGCCGGUAGCAGCAGCGACAUUGUGCGCAGCCCGAUCCGCACCCAGUGCACCAGCCAGUCUGUCGAUAUCAUUUACCGCGGCUACCUCUUCCGCGUCUACGUCGCCCAUUACCGUGAGGUGUCUCUCCUGCGUGCUUUGAAGCGUGACACGGAGGCGAACGUGCUGGAGAUGAAGCUGUACUGGACUGCACAGCAUGCCAAGUUCAUGCGCACCAUCGCGUUUGGACACCAUAGCUACUCGCACGCGGUGAGGCUGGCGAAGCGGUGGAUGAGUGCCAUGUAUCUCUACGAGUUUGUGCAACCGGAAGCCGUCGAGCUGCUCGUAGCGUACGCGUACCUGCAGCCGGCGCCGCACACGCCCAAGACACCUGCCGGAGGUUUCCUGCGCUUUGUGCAGCUCCUCGCCACGCAUGACUGGUCGACGCCGUUGGUGCUCCCCUUCACCGACGACGACAGUGACAAGACCGCCGUGGCAGCAGCGGCGCUGGUGCGCAAGCUUGGCGAUCAACAAGGCAUGUUCAUCGCCACACCGUACGCGCCGGCCGCGAGCCCGUUCACGGUGCUAACGCCGCGCCCGAUGAUUAUGGGCCGUCUUGUGCAGCUUGCCCAAUCGGUGGUGGCCGUGCUGCUGCGCCACCUCGAGGGCCACAACACGACAGCUGGUGAGGCGGAGGCGUUCACCUCCAGCCCGUGGGCCUUCGACUUUUCGAUGAAGUUCCACCCGCGCCUGCUGCUGCAGCCUGACCGGGCCCUCAGCAUCGGCGCGGCGGCACUGUCGGUGGCAUCGGCGCAGCCCGAAGCGACGCAUCUUAACGGGAUCGUGUCAGCUUCUAACGAGGCGAACGCGCUGGCAGCAGGGGAAGCUGCCGCUGCAGCCAACGCCGUCGUCCGCAUCUGGCAACUGGACGAGUUGGACGCGGACACAAACGGGCGGGAGUACAUUAAUCAGCUCGUCGAACGUGAGCCGGCGGCGCACGCUGUGCGCAUCGUCCGUGCAGCACUCCGUGAGCGUGGUAUGAUGUUCUACGACGCGCUCGCUCCGUCCUCCCUCUAUGUGGUGAGUGUCAGCGCCGAAGGGCAGGCCGCCAAAAGCCGGCAGCUGCACGACGCCAUUCUGCAGGUGGGGCGAGGCGCAUUUCUGCCGGCGCAACCGAGUGCCUUCACUCCUGUCGCGGUGACGGCGCAUGACUCCCCCGCUGCUGCACGCAUCCAGCUGGAAUCCGAGGACGACCACGAGGGCAACCACCACCAUCACCGUGCCCCCGCGCGGCGUCAGGGCAAGGAGAGCCCUCUGCCGCGCCGCCAAGCCGCCUCGGACACGAAGACCAAGAAGGGCAAGGCGUCCGUACACCAGCACCCGCUGCAGGACCACAAGCGCAGCCGCAGCAGCAACGACCACUGCAGCCCGGCUGCCGCUUCUGUUGCGGAGGCAGCGCACCCGAAGAAGGUGAAGAAGGAAACGGCAGACAGGGUUGGCCCUUCCACAGCAACCUCGCCCACGAAAGCGGCAGCAGAAGGGCGCUCUCAGAAAGUCUCCAAGCCCAAGAAGGCUUCCAAGAAGUGA